AGUGCAAUUCCAAUGUAAGGCAAAACCUGAAACACACAGAAGUGUAGAACCUACAAGUUUGUACUGCCAAAAGAGAGUCUCUGGUUUACGUACAGAGAUUCAAAGGGAAUGGAUCUCUCUAGUGUAGCUGCAACUUACAAGUUACAUCUCCAGUUGAUCAGUGAAUAGCAUUGAGCGCAUCACGUUCAACUAUGCUUCUAUGGACAAGUCAAGAUAUUUUAUUUAUUAAUUUUGAAACUUCGUACUGUAUACAUGUUAGUAUAUGUUAUGUAAUUCUUUUUUUCUUUUUUGAAAAGUGUAAUUUUUUUUUGCCAACGUAUUUAUUAUGUAAUUAUGGAUUGCAAAUAAAAAGAUAAUGAUUUGAUUUUGUUUCUCGUCUAAUUGUAUUGGAUGAGAUAAACAUGAUAAUCAUACAUGAAUUUGUAUCUUAUAAAUAGUGUAGAAAAUAUCACAAUACCGACAUUCUAAAUUGUAGAGUUUAUUUGAAAAUUACUGCAUAUUUUAAAUUAAAAAUAAUAUAUAAUUUUUUUAAAGGAAAAGGUCAAACUUCAUUCCAAAUUAGAAAGCGAGUAAGAAUAAGAUAAAGAUGUAGAGAAUAUUAUUUUGAUUAACAACCCGCUAAUUAAAGGAUCAUAAAUAUGGAAACAAAGAUAAAAGGAAAAUAGGAAAAAGGAAAUUACAACAACAAUAGCACUAUAAAUAUGCAGCAAUAAGGCAAAAGCUUUCUGCUACUCGGAAAAAAACAAAGCCUCUUAUUACUUUGUGCAACUCACUCUGCCUUCAUAAAAAUUCAUUAAGCUUCGUGUUCUCCAAGCAAAUCAUCAACAUCAUGUCUUUAUCUUCAAGAGCCAUUCUAGUCGUUCUGUGCUUUCUGUUCUUGUCGGCUCCACUCUUUACGUCGGCAACAACAACAACAACAGAUCAAACACUUCAGCCUCGAUGUGAAUCUCACAUCUUCAACAACGGAAAACAUUACCGUUCAUGCAAGGAUCUUCCCGUGUUAGACUCGUUCCUACACUUCAGUUAUGCUCGAGAAACCGGAGUUCUCGAUGUUGCUUACCGCCAUGCCAAUCUUGAGGCUUCUAGUUGGAUCGCUUGGGCCAUAAACCCAACCAAAAAAGGCAUGUUAGGCGCUCAAGCUCUCGUGGCUUUUCGUAACACAACAUCUGGCGUCAUGCGUGCUUAUACUUCAAACAUUAAUAGCUACGCUACUAUGCUUCAAGAGUCUCCUCUUAGCUUUCGUGUAACGCAAGUAUCCGCCGAGUAUCUUGAUGGAGAGAUGACGAUAUUCGCAACUAUGGUGCUGCCUCCUAACACAACCGUAGUGAAUCAAUUAUGGCAAGACGGUCCGUUGAAGGAAGGAGAUAGACUUGGGAUGCACGCUAUGAGUGGAGAUCAUCUCAAAUCCAUGUCUACUUUGGAUUUGCUUUCCGGACAAGUGACUGAGACCAAAACGGUUAAUGGAAACAUGUUGUUGGUCAAGCGAAUCCAUGGAUUGGUCAACACAGUGAGUUGGGGGAUUCUCAUGCCUAUUGGAGUUAUGGCUGCACGUUACAUGAAGACCUACGAAACAUUAGAUCCCACAUGGUUCUACGUACACGUCGUUUGUCAGCUCACCGGAUACUUAGCCGGUCUUCUCGGAGGCCUUGGAACAGCGAUCUACAUGGCACGGCAUACCGGGAUGAGAAGUACGGCGCAUACCGUGAUAGGGAUUUUAAUAUUCUGUUUAGGGUUCUUGCAGAUACUUGCGCUCAAAGCAAGACCGGGUAAAGACCACAGAUACAGAACAUAUUGGAACUGGUAUCAUCACACGAUGGGAUACGUGGUGGUUGUGCUGAGCGUGUACAACAUAUACAAAGGGUUUGUUAUAUUGCAACCUGGAAGUGGAUGGAAGAUCGCAUACACUGCUAUCAUCUGUGCUAUUGGAGCGUUUGCAGUUGUGAUGGAGAUCUUGCAGUUCAAGAAGAGAUGGGGUAGCUUGUUUGUGAAGAAAUUGGAAGACAUACAAGAAGCUAAUCAAAGUGCUUCUAAGAAGGAGAUUUUGAAGUUUAUGAACAGAUGGGGUGACAAGACACCGGAAGACCUAGAAGCUAAUCAAAGUGCUUCCACUGAAGUGGUCUAGUUUUAUUCCUUUUCCAUGUUGCUGUCUUAGACAACUCGUGUUUGACCAUUCUUUAUAUUCUUUUACGUGUAUACGAUUCAGUUCUGAUCAAUAAAAGUUGUUUAAAGUUGAAUAUUCAAAUCAGAAUUUUCAGGAAUUUAAAUAGACCAAUAAAUUGUUUCCAAGGAGAAAAUUUUCAAUACUGACCAUAACUGAUUUCGCCAGUAACAUUUAAGUGAGGAACGAUUGUGUUGUGAAUAGAUUUGUAUGACUGAUAGAUCAUGAGGCUGCUGAGUAACGGUAACAAACCUUUAAAACCUAAACCCAUAAAAGAAGCUUUAACUUUUUUUUUUACCAGCUUAAAAGAUGUAAACACACUACAAACACAAUCAAAAUCAUGCUGGUUGGAUAGAGAGAUCGUCAGACAUGAGUUGUAUCGUUGCUUUCUUCACAGAAGACUUCUUGUGUUAUUUAUCCCACAGAAAGUCACUCUAGACUGGAACAUCGAAGCCAUCUGAGUUCGAGUUCUGACCAGAAUUAAAAUUUUGGCACCGUCGGGAAUAUGGGACCGACAUAUGGACCGAUAACGUAAGCCGAUAACACGUGGCUAAUCUAGAUCAACUUCGAUGGAGGCCAAAAUAUUCCUGAAUAAUUCAAGAAAAACUCUGGAGUGUAACUAUUUCUUGCAGAUCAACACGUUGAAAAAACGCAAAAGACGCG